AUGUAAAAUUUUGAGACUGUAGAGAUUGUAAAUCCAACUGUCGAUUAUUUAAUAAUAAAAUGCGGAUAAAAUCUUUAUGAGCAUUACUUAUGUGAGAAAGAACCUGGAUAUAAUUGUGAAGUGAUAGCGAAUUGGCAGUGUGGAGUUGUAUAAUAGGAAUUCUUACCAUUUGAUCAUGGUGAAUCUAAAUAUGCUAUUUUGAAUAAAUGGAUCGAUGAGGACGAGCCUCAUUUUAAAACAAUCGAUAAUAUGACUGCCAAGGGGGUAAAGAUUGUGAAACCAUAACCACCAUCAACAGGAUAAGACACACUUGAUGAUGCUAGAUCCCAAAGAAGUCAAUCUUCAUCCAGGUUCUCCAGAAAUUCAAUUGCGAAGUUCUAAAAUUCUGUAAGCAAAAUGAAACUUAUAAAUAAAUUGGGUGGUUCUUCACAAUAGAUGACAACUCUCUAAUCCACUAUUCAAGAAGAAUACAAGCCUAACCUAAUUAAGAUGCCAGAGACUAAAAAGCCUCCAACUCCUGAUGCCAUUAUAGAAAGACUUCGUGAAUAGAGAGAAUAUUAAGAAUUGGACAAGUAGAAAGAAAACGAAAGAAUGCGUAAAAUAAAAGAAGAGCAAAUUGAAUAAGAUGAGAAAAAGAAGGAACAGUUGAAAUAAUUAAAAAAUAAGUAGUACACUUAUGAUUAUGAUGGUUAAGUGGUGUUUCUUACAACAAAGCCCAUAGACUUACAGAUUAAUGAAAUUCUCUAACCAGAGACGAAAACUAAUCAACCUUAGAAAGUCAUGAGGGAAGUGAACUCACAACCUGAAAUCAAACCAGUUAAGGAAGCAUUUGCAAAAGGAGAUGACGAAAAUAGAAAAUUAGAAAAGGCUGCAGCUGUUGAAUAUCCUAAAUAACCUCCUUUAAUUGAAGCCAUGAAGUCUAAACAAGGUACGAAUAUCAUUUUUGACAAUGGGUAUGUGAAAGAAGGAGGAGAGUACAAGAUUCUUGAUAGAAUGAGUAAGAGGGACUAUCAAACAAUGGUGGAUGGUUUAUAAUAAAAAAAUAAAAAGUAGUAUGAUGAUGGAGAAGAUGGAGUGGUUGAGGAAAUGGACACAUAUGAAUAGAAAAUAUAUGAUGCUAUUAAUCGUGAAGGAGAUCGGAAUAUCAAAAUAUCAAAUGAAUAACAUUUCAAAUGGAUGAUGGAAGAUGAAGAUAUCAAAAAGUCUUAUCGUUCAUCUUCAGCAGAAUCUGCUAAUGCAAAAAGCAUCUAUGAAAGCAAGAAAUAGUCCAAAAAACAUACUAAAGAAAAAGAGAAGACUAGUCCCAAGAAGUUAAAAUCCUAAUUUGAUAGGAUUAAUGCUUAUAAGAAUUUUGAUGAUGUGAAAAAACCUUAAAACCUUAAAGCGAGCAAGCUACACAAAGCUUUGAAUGAAUUUGACACAAAGUUAUAGAGUCCAAAAUGGGGAUAUACUGAAGACAAAGAAAUUCCUUUACCAAAUUCAACGAUAUAUAAAUUAAAACAUAAAUCUGAAAGCUAGCCUAAAUUGCCUCUUUUAAAAUAAAAAGGAAGAAUUUGA